CGUCCUCUGCAUGUGGGAUGCAGAACUUCUUCCAUGAAAAAUGUCUCCUCUGAAUUUGUGGAAUACAGGUUUACCAAGGAAACUACUUUGCAAGUCACUUCUUUAUGGGAGGCGAGAAGUUUGACACCCCUCACCCCGAGGGCUACCUUUUUGGCGAGAACAUGGAUCUAAACUUCCUUGGGAAUAGACCUGUUCAGUUUCCCUAUGUAACUCCAGCUCCACAUGAGCCAGUGAAGACACUGAGAAGUUUGGUGAAUAUCCGCAAAGACUCCCUCCGACUUGUGAGGUAUAAAGAUGAUGUUGACAGUCCUACUGAGGAGAAUGGGAAGCAGAAAGUCCUGUACAGCCUGGAGUUCACGUUUGAUGCGGAUGCCCGUGUUGCCAUCACAAUCUACUGCCAGGCUACGGAAGAGUUUGUUGGUGGCAUGGCUGUAUACAGCACAAAGAAUCCCUCUCUGCAGUCAGAGACGGUUCAUUACAAGAGAGGGGUAAGCCAGCAAUUCUCCCUGCCUUCCUUCAAGAUUGAUUUCUCAGACUGGAAAGAUGAUGAGCUGAACUUUGACUUGGAUCGUGGUGUGUUCCCUGUGGUCAUCCGAGCGGUGGUGGAUGAAGGGGAUGUAGUAGUUGAGGUGACGGGUCAUGCCCAUGUUCUUCUGGCUGCAUUUGAAAAGCACGUUGAUGGCAGUUUUUCCGUGAAGCCAUUAAAGCAGAAGCAGAUCGUUGACCGUGUGAGCUAUCUGCUUCAGGAGAUCUACGGCAUCGAGAACAAAAACAACCAAGAGACCAAGCCUUCAGAUGACGAGAACAGUGACAACAGCAACGAGUGUGUGGUUUGCCUGUCAGACCUCCGCGACACCCUCAUUCUGCCCUGCAGACACCUCUGUCUGUGCAAUUCCUGCGCUGACACCCUGCGCUACCAGGCCAACAACUGCCCCAUCUGCAGGCUGCCCUUCCGUGCCCUGCUGCAGAUCCGGGCUGUGAGGAAGAAGCCGGGGGCUCUGUCACCGGUGUCGUUCAGCCCUGUCUUGGCACAGAGUGUUGACCAUGACGAGCACUCUUGUCCCUUUAAACCCCUUAAAGCGAGCACUGUCUCCCUCCCCAGCAGGAAACCUAGAAGGGAAACAAGCUCUGACAACAUCCCUCCAGGCUACGAGCCCAUUUCCUUGCUGGAAGCGUUGAAUGGCCUUCGUUCUGUUUCCCCCUCCAUCCCAUCAGCUCCUCUGUAUGAGGAAAUCAACUACUCUGGCGUGGUGGAUGGGAUGCCACCUGCGAGCCGCCCGCUGGUUGGGAUGGACAGAGCCGUGGAGAGCAGCCAUCAAAAGGGCAAGCGGAGCAAGUCUCCAGAUAGCACACUACGGUCUCCCUCAUCCCCAAUCCAUGAGGAGGAUGAAGAGAAGCUCUCCGAGGACUCUGACUCGCAGCCAGCACUGAGUGGGGGUGAGCUGGUCCUGGGAGAGACCAGCUCUCCAGAAAGUGUGGCAGGGGAAGAGAUCGAGGAGGCCUCGUCCCUGCAGCAGGGUAGCCGCCCGCCCUCCGUCGAAGACGUCCUGCAGGACGGCAGCUGCAGCGAGCACCGGAGCCUGACGCAGUCAGAGAGCGACCCACCGGUAGAUGUCUACCUGCCAGGUAAUGGCCGUGCCGUUGGGGCCAGACCUGUGCGGUGUCCUGCUGCAUUUUGAGACACCCAGGGGCCCAGGGGUUUGUGGGCUGUGUGCCUGAGUGCCGCAGCCGUGGGAUGGGACAGGAACGCACCUGCCCGGAGCAUGGGCGCCCGCUUCCUCCGGUGGGCAGAGCGAGCUGUGGGCGAGGGGGGCUAACACAGAGGUAACUUGCCCUCCCCUUCUCUCUUCUCCUCCCUCACCCUUUUGUCUCUGUCCUUCCCCUCCUUUCUCCUCUCCGGGCUGCGGCCACUCCGUGGCACAGUUUAUGUGGCAGUGGCCUCCCAUGCCUGCCCCCAAACCACGCUCCUGCUUUCGGCCAAGGGAGGGGAACCAUCUGGGCUGGCUUCUGGGAGACUGAGCCGGCACGGGGGGCAGCAGGCACCCCUCUGCCACGAGGCAGUGAUGCGACGGGGAUGGCUGCAGGGUGCCGUGCUUUGCUGGCAAGCGCAGCCGUGGGACACUGCGCUGUCCUCAGCCCCGACUGUUGUCGUUGCAGCCUGUUUUCUUCCGUAGAGUCGCAGUCUGUUCUGAGUACCUCUCUAAUGUCUCCUUCCCUCUCUGUCUGCCUUCCUCCCUCCUGUCUUGGGCAGCACUGGGUCCCGAUUCCUGCUCUAUUGGUAUAGAGGAGUAAGCUGGUACGUCUUCUCAUUCUUCUGACGCAUCGCUGUUGUGUGGGGCAGCAGGACACCUCUGGGAAAGCUGGCAGCCGAGCGAGAGCGGGGAUGGGACUGAUCCUGGCCAUCUGGGCAGGGAAGGAGGGGCAGCAAACCAACUGGCCUGCACCGCUGGCUCCGUUCUGGCUCCAUUCCCAUUUCUGGCACCAGCGUCCCUGCGCCCCACUGGGCUCCCCACUGUCCCCAAGUGCCAGGACCUCAGGCAGGGCAGCGGAAGCCCUUGCCCUCCCCACCAGCUUCUGCCUGGGCUCCUGGGUGAGGGCUCUGCUGCCUGGUGGGCACCAUGAACAUCCAGGGCCACGGUGGCCCCUCCCAGGCUGGUGGCGGAUAGCAUGUCCCCUUCGUCUCCCAUGUCCCACCUCUGCAUCUUAGCAGGGGAUGGAGCUCGUGGGCUCCAGCCCUGUCUCCUGCAUUCAGUCCAGGGUAGGGAGGGGUGGGGGGGGGGUGCUGUCCUCCUUGGCCCAUGCUGCCCUCUCUCCAGGGCGUACCCCGUGCCUGGGCUCUUUAUUUGGCCCCAGGGCCGACACUCUUGGGGCUGAACCCC